AUGGUUCAACCAGCCAUUGUCCGGGGUCGUGCCUUUUCGGCGGCGGCGUCGUCGUCAAGACCAGAAGAGGAUGCGCCGCCUCUCCGCGCCGUCGCCGCCAGGUCGAACCCGAACUCCUUCAUUCUCCAUCGUCGCAGUCACACCGGCUGGGAUACGCCUUUGGCUUCGGACACGCCGGCACGCCCCAAAUCCUCGGCCAACUUGCUGAGCACGGCCAGUAACUAUUACGCGGGCGACCUCCACGACACGCUGCUGCUGGGCGAGGCAGCCAGGAGUCGACGAGCCAGAGAUGACAUUCAGGCUCUGGUUGAUUUCCUGCAGAAUCACCCGCCCCCUCCCGAUAACUUCAUGUCGAUUCCCUAUGGCGACAAUGGCGAGGACGAACGGAGCCGGUGGGCCAGGCUCAAGAGAAUCGGUAGGAGGAGCAAGUCGAUGCCCCGAGAGCCGCAGCAUAUCCAACUGCCCGACUCGGCCGUCUCAGGCGUCACCAUUGGCGGCCACCGACACAUUGCCAUUUCUAUUCCCCUAAAGGCCUCUCCAUUUGGAGAUGCCGCGCGUUCCCAAUACCCAGUCUACCCUCAACAAGACCUCUCCAUGGGCACGCCCAGCAAGGAGGCCGUCCGAACUUACACAAAUGACAAGGGCGUCGUGACAGUUUUACGGCCGGUCACGGAAGUCUCGGAGCCAUCCACCGACUCUGUUUCGAGCCCCAAGCCUUCUUCUUAUGCCGUUCAACGAAGCAUCAGCCAGCGAGCCGCCGGGUACCUACCGCCAAGCCGACGACCCGGUGCCGACAAGCCUCACGAUUACAUCGGGGUCCUCCCGACCCAGCUUGAUAGCCCGCUCCUCGAUGACGGCUCGGCCCCUUGGAACCGUGCGCCGUCGCGAGGGGAGCCUUCGGAUUCGGUGCGUGGGCGGCAGUCCUGCCAGUCGUUUCAGCGGUCUGCCUACCCGGCGCGGGGAUCUAGCAUGAUUGCCGGCCGCAACCUGCAACAGCCACUCUCGAUUGACGGACUGCUAUCCCAGCAAGAGCGCGAGCGAAGUGCCAAAUACGGCCCUCGUGAGGGCAAUUUUUUGGGCUCCAACACGAUGCAAAAGGGAGCUCUAGAUGCCUUUACGGGGUCCGCGAAACAAAGGCCAGCACCAGUUGUCACGGGCGGAAUGCUGGACGAAGGUGACGUACAAGACGGCAAGAAUCAAUCUUUGACUGUGAUCUCGGACAGCCCAAUCAUCUGCCGCCGGGAUGACUCGCCGCCACCUACCCCCGGGUCAACGAGAAGCCGAAAGGACCUUGUCCGAGACCGGAAACGACGUGAUAUAGAAGCCGUACGCAGCGCAAACUAUAGGAAACAGGAGGACCAACAAGAGACGCGACCUAAACAAGAUUCACGCGACGGUCAAGCGCGCCGGCAGGCGUCAACAAAGUCUAAACGAGAGCCCGCGCAUCGACUCACGAUCAGCAAUAUGAUGGUGGUGCUCGACGUCGAGCCUAGCCCAUCCUUGAAUGGGGACCGGACUGGUCCCCGGCCAGAGGCAGCCCUCGCUACGGGUGGUAGAGACAAGCGGAGGAUCUCUCAAGAUCCCGCGGCCACAUCGGACGAUGUCAACGUCCUGACCCCACCAGUCUCGGCGAGCAGCUCAUCACCGCAACAGCACAGCGCCAUGGACCGGACCUCGUUGACGCGUCGACGGGAAUGGAAGGCGAUUCGUGAAAAGGAGCGCAACGCGCGCGAUGCGGUGCUCCUGGCUCGGGCUCGGGCGAAGCGCCUUGCCUCUGCACCUUCAUUCGAUGAAAGCCAAACUUCGCAAACCGACAAGGAGAUUAUGCGGCUAUAUGAGGCAUACCGUGAGCAUCGCCUGCGAGACAUGGAACGCCGCCUGCGGCGCUUGGAACGCAAUGGCGACGUAUGGCUACGGGCCCUGGUGCCUGUGCUGGACAACAUGAACCGCACCAUGGCCGCUACCGCGAACGAGGAGGAGCCCCUGGACAACGGGCGAGACUGGGCGUCGGACGACGAUGCGAUCAGCGCCGUGGAGCGAAUGGGGCGCGAGGCCGGGCGGCGCGAGGUGACGCGGCGUGCGAGCCUUUCGCAGGGCAGGCUUUUGGACAAGACGGCGACUCACCAGAAGGACGAGGACGAUGGUUGGAGCGACAGCAUAAGCCGGAGCGACGACAUGAGCGGUUUCGGCACCAUCGAGCCGCUGAUGAGGGAGCUUGCUGGGGAGGCCCGGCGACGGGAACGGCGGGCUCGCUCCCUAGGCAUCACCAACGAGGAUGCCUACCAUGCGAUAUGA